CAUCUGCCUUGUACCUCUUUAAUUCAUACCGUUCCUGCGUUCGGCAUUUCUUACCCUUCUCUUCUUCAUAAUCCCAUUUUCGAUCUUUACACAAAUAUGUACUCAGAAGGUCUUACUCGAUUUUUGGUGUAGGAAUGGCAGUUCAAGCUCAUUACCCAUCAGUUGUUCUUCACCCAACUGGGAACGUUUAUCAAUUGCAGCCCGGAGAAUUUGAAUUUCUUGAUCCAACACUCUCUUGUAAGUUUUAAACAGUGCAGGCACAGAUAAUCCGUCAGAGAGAGAGAGAGAGAGAAUUCGAGAAUCCUCAAACUAGUGAUCUUACCAACCUCCUUUAUCCCGGAAAAGUGCUCCGUCUUCAAACAUGGCUCAUCAAUUGAAACAGCAUCUCAGUGAAUUCAAUUCUUUCAUUCAAACACAGGGGCAGGAAUUGAGGCGUGCGUUGGCUGAAAACAUGCAAAGGCACUAUCAGGUGCUGCUGGAGACGGCGGCGGGGUCGGUGAAGCAAAGGCUGAGAGAGAAAGAGACGGAAGUGCAGAAGGCAGUGAGGCGCAAGGCCGAACUGGAAGCACGGGCGGCACAGCUGAACUCGGAGGUACAGAAGUGGCAAGCAAAGGCACGGGAGCAGGAAGCCACGGCGACGGCUCUGCAGGCUAUGAUCAGUGCAGGCAGCGGGGAGGGACAGGGGAAUGGGAAAGAAUGCGCCGCUGCGUGAGAGGCGGAGGACGCAGAGUCAAGCCACGUUGACCCGGAUCGAGUUAGUGAGUUGAAUGGACCGAGUUGUAAGGCCUGCCUGCGACGAGACGCGGCGGUGGUGUUGCUGCCGUGCCGGCACUUUUGUCUAUGUACAGAUUGUGAUGCGGUUGUCAAAUCUUGCCCAGUUUGCUUCAUCUAAAGAAGUUGUAGCAUCCAGGUAUUGCUUUGAGCAAAGAUCAACAAAGUCGAAUAAAAAAAUAAAAUAAAGAAAAUUGGAAAUAAUA